UCCUUGUAUUGUAUUACUUUGUUUUACGACCGAAUGCCACAAAACCAUUUCCGUCGCCAGUGUAAACAUUUUUUGCUUAGAAAGAGAUGUGAUGAGUAUGCCUCCAUCAGGAGUGCAGGGCCAAAUGGAUGAGGCUGCACUGAUUGAAGCUGAAAUACAGCUAGAACUAGAGAACAUUGACCUCGAUGAUGAAGUCUUAAAUGAUCCAGAUGAUGUUCCUGAUGACAACCUGGAAAGUUAUGGAGAUAUUGAUAUCCCCGGAGAGAUGGACGACUACGUCAAGCGUCUGCAGGAGCAGAGCAGCCACUUUGAGCAGGAGCUUGCUGAGUGUGAUGAGCUUUUGCAGACUUCAGAGAGUAGAUCAGAUCCCCAAUGCCUGGCAAUGAUUCCCUACGAAGACCAAACACUUCUUGAUCGGCUGGCAAAGGAACAUGGGCUAGAUUCAGAAGCGUACAGGAAAAAAAUUUUGGAGGACAUUGCGAAUGAUGAGGACAUCAUUGGUGAAGAACUAGCCGACCUUAUAGGUCACGAGGAAGACAAUAUUCAAACAGUCGAUAUGGAGACAGAAUACAACAAAGGUGGAGGGGAUAACCGACUUUCUAUUGAGAUUGGGAAGGCUGUUGAAGAAGGGAUUCCUGGUCAAGACGAUAUGCCCGUUGCCCACCAGCUUGUACCAGUGAGGGGAUAUAGGAAUGGUGAGUCCAACCAGGUGGUGCCAGUAAGGGGAGAUACAAACGGGUUUCAUCCUCUCCAGCUGCAGCAGCUCCUGAGGGCAGAGCUGGAAAGUGUGGAAAAGAAAUACCAGGAACGCCUUGACAGGAUUAAAAAGGAUGAAGCGUUUCGUCGUGACGAGGAAGAUGUGCGUCAACGACGUACCAACGAGGAACGCCAGUGGAAGAUGGAUCAGAUCAGACAACAAGGGCAACAACUCCAGCUGGAGCAAGAGGCAGUCCAGUUGGCAAUGAAGAAACAACAAGAAGAGGCUGAACAUGAAAUACAGAAGCAAAUGCGAGUAUUUCAGGUAGAAAUACAGAAGAUGGAGAGAGAAGCAGAGCAACAGAGGGUGGAGCUUAAGGUUGCCAUGGAAAUACAGAAAGCAAAGGAGGCUGAAAAACAGCAUAAGGCGGUUGUGGAUAUUCAGCGCUUAUUCCGAGGUUACAGGGUUCGUAAAAUGGUUGGUUACCAACUGAAGAAAAGACGUGUUGAACGUAGGAAGGAAGUAGAAGCAGCAAGGAUAAUGGAAGUGGAGGCAGAAAUUGAGGAAAGAACGAGGGAACUUGAAAAGAAAAAGGAGGAAGAAAAGCAAAAACUUGAAGAAGAAGCAAAAAAGCUAGAGUUUUUACAACAGCAAAGAGAAGAAGAAAAAAGGAGAGCAGAGGAGGAAAAAAAGAAAAAGAAGGAGGAGGAAGCGCAAUUGAAGGAGGAAGAAAAGAAAAGAAAGGAAGAAGAAAAGCAAAGAAAAAAGGAGGAAGAAAAGCAGAAGAAAGAAGAAGAAAAGAGGAGAAAAGAAGAAGAAAAACAAAAGAAAGAAGAAAAGCGCAAGAAAGCGGAAGAAAAACGAAUAAGAGAGGAAGAAGAGAGAAAGAAAAUUGAAGAAGUUAAACUAAAAAAAGAAGAAGAGGAACGCAUGAAAAAAGAACAAGAAAAGCUCAAGAAAGAGGAAGAGAAAAAGAAACAAGAACAAGAACAAAUGAAUGCAGAAGAAGAAAAGAGACAAAAGGAGGAAGAAAAAAGGAGAAUGGAUAAAAAAUCUGAUGAGGAGGAAAGUAUUGAUUCUAAAAUUAAAUUAACAGGUCAUUUUGCAGAAGAUAAACAAACAACAAAUGGCUCAACACACGAACUUCAUACAAUCAUUGGACAUGGUUUAGAAAAUAGUGGGAAACAAGUGAAUGCUGAAGAUAUAGAAAUAUCUCAACAGAAGGUUGCAACAAAUGGGGUCGAAAGCUUAGGUAGAGUCCCAACUAGACCAAAGACGCCAAAAAGUUCCACAACACCUAGAACUCCUAGAGUAUCUACACCUAAGCUGCCACUGAAUACGAAAGAUAGAAUUCUUGAGGAACAUCACUCAGAGGUUCCAGUGCCACGUGUGGACGCCCUGCCAGAGCCAUUGGAGGCCUUGCGAUUGAGGUUCAUGAAAGACUGUCAUCCUUGGAGCAAGGUGAGCAAUGAACCGUGGAAAUUAAAAGGCGGAGUUACCCAGAAACCCCUUCGCCGACCGUCUGCUGCAAAGAAGCUGCCACUUCUGUCAGAAGACGUCAUUCUGCAAGCUGCUAAAGUGGUGUCUUUGAAACAGGUGACGACAGUGGAACUCCGUGAUCUCCCUGGCAACAGCCUCUCCCCCCUGGGUCAGUGCUCGGGCCUCAAGUACCUGACCUUGACCCAGUGUAACCUUGUAGCCCUGGACGGGCUUGGGCAGUGUAAACAGCUCCAGUACAUCAACUGCAUGGAAAAUCGUAUUGAGUAUGUGGACGUUCGUGACCUAGGGCAGCUUCAGUAUGUCAAUCUCUCGCACAACAGGCUUUCCUCUCUCCAUGGACUGGAUAACUGCACCAACCUACGCUGGCUCGAUGUUUCUUACAAUAAUAUUACCCGUAUUGGUGGAAUGGACAGCCUGCGUAGGCUGCACACUCUCCUGAUAUCCCACAAUCAGCUGAUAAGCACCAGUGGGCUGGGUGCCACGCCCACCCUGCAGGUGAUUGACAUGUCCCACAACCACCUGCCGGCCAUUGAGGAUAUUGACAAACUCUGCUUACUCUUGUAUCUGGAUGUCUCCUCAAAUAAUAUCCUACAGGCCGCUGAAUUCAGCAACCAUGUGCUACUGGUGGAGCUGUUGCUAGGUGACAACAGCAUCUCCAUGGUGAACAACCUAGCCUCCGUCUGGCUGCCUCUUCUUCUGGCAUUACGUGUUCAGCAAAACAGUCUCGACUCCUUGCCUUCCUUUCAGAAUUGUCUCCUCUUAGAGGACCUAGAUCUUAGCAACAACCAACUCUUAGAUGUCGCCAAUGUAAAAAUGGGUGUGAAGGACUGUUUUUACCUGCAACACCUUCAUCUUGAGGACAAUCCAGUUACUGCAGAUAUUGAUGACAGUUUCAGUCAAAGUUUGAAGGCUGGAUGCCCUCGGCUGAUAUAUGGCCAUAAUCAAAGCACUGAGAGACUGAAGAGUCCAGUUAAAGCAAGGUCAAGCUUUGAAAGCAUGUGUGUGUCACAGGCCAGCACUUUGCAAGAGCAACUCACCUAUCUUCAUGACUUCUUAAGUGUGAAGAAUGCAACAGGAGCAAAGCAGUCAGCUCAAGAUAUCUGUGAAAGCUGCUUCAAGUUCUGUGAUCGUUCGUUCAGCGUAGCAGUUGAAUUCCGGUACGCCCACGAGUACGGUGAUGUCACUGUUACCAUGCCAACGACUCAGUCGAUUCCCAAGGCAGGUCAGCCAAUGUCGUCUGGAAAUCCGGAAAAGUUCAUGAACCCGAAAGAAAUGUUUGAGAAUGCUUUGAAGUCGUCAGGUGGUCGGACCAAUGGUCAGAAAAGUAACAACAACAGUAACAUUCUAAGUGAAUUUCAGAACAGUGUUUCAGAUCCCAAACAAAUGUUUGAAUCUGCCUUGAAUGCUAGUGCAAGAAAAAUAGAAGCAUCAAAUAAUAGAAAUGAACCAAGAAAAUCUGAACAAGUUGCUGGACUGAAUUCAUACAACACAACUACGGCAGGAAAAUCACAGUUUGAGCAGGCAUUAAGAUCGGCUGAUAUGAGCAAAGUCCCAGUGAAGAGUCAUGUGAUCAUUCACAAUGGGCAUAUUUUGGAAAGACUAGAGUGGGCGGCCACUCGUAUCCAGGCAACCUGGCGCGGCUGGCAUGUGAGACACCAGAUUCAGGAGCAUACAAAAUACUGGCUAGCUGCCACCACUAUUCAGGCUCACUGGAGAGGGUACAGGACCAGGAGAAUGCUGUUGGAGCGCUGGUCAAACCCGUUUGCAGGGCUCGACCCCAAGAUUCUGCAGCGUCUCAAUGCGUCUGCUGUUAAAAUACAGGCAUAUUGGCGAGGUUUUAUCCUUCGCAAGAAGCUAAUGGCAGCCCUGGAGUUUGCCCAGUGUUCAUUUGAGGAGGAGGAUGCCGAUGUCAUGAACCUCGGAGACGAGUUUGAUCUCGAUAAAUUCAUGGACAUUGAUCAGGACCUUGUAGACAUGGAAUGGAAACCACCAGCUACUCCUGACGUUCCUAAUCACUACCCAGUGCUAAAAAAACCGCCCUUGGGAAAUACCCGGAUACCGGCUCUACCCCUGGGUGAACUACGCCCGCCGAGCAACCCCCGCAGAGCAUGGCGCAAUUCUGAGUCGCCAAUGUCAGAUACAGGAAAGAUUCACCGGCCACCGUCCAGCGUUGCGUCCACAGAACUCACUGUCCGAUCAGGCAUGUCCAGGAAAGAAGAGAAACUUGCGGAUGAAUGGGGUUUCAAGGAUUCAAACACUGCCCAUCUCAUGAUGCAGCGGGCCAAGAAAAUGAAGUACAAUGCUGAGCGGAGGAAAAAGAUUGGAAAACUUGAUCCAAAGCAGCGUCUAGCCUUAUUUCGCAAACUGGAGGAGGUCACCCACCCACCAACACACACCAUUCCUCAGAGGAAGACCCUUCCAAGAAAGGAAUAUUUCCAGGCCCGCCAGAAUGAGAUCAAUCGUCAACAGCAAGAGAGACAUCAGGAGGUUCAUGUGCGAGCCUCACGCACAUUUGAGUGGCUUCACACGCAGGUCGGAGAUCUACCCACCUCAGAUUCCGUCAUCAAUCAGGGGUUUUCUGAAGGCCCCAAGUAUUUGCCUACUGACCAUAACUUUCCAGAGCUUAUGAGUGGAAAAAGAGUGCAGUUGGUGAGCAGCCCUAUGUCCCUGGAGCUCCAGUCAGUGGACAGCGCAAGUACUGCAGGGAAGAAACAGAGACGCCUCUCCGCCGGCUCUGGUACAGGGUCCAGUAAGUUGCCUCCCAUACAGCCGUCCUCAGCCCCCGUUCCACAUGUGAAGGAGCGCAUGUCGUUCAGGAACCCAAAAGUGAACCAGGACGUUGGAUGGGGAGGAGGAAAAAAGCGUGCAAAAUAAUGUGUUAAUGUUAAUCAAACAUUGAUGAAAGAUACAGUGGAAUCAAAUAAACCCUUGGUGUACCUUCAAUUUUAUUUAAAAAAAAAAUAUAUAUAAUAAAAAUGUUACAUUUUCUGUGUAUUCGAAUAUUAGUAUGAAAUGUCAAAUAUCUUUAGAUGAACAGACUUAACCUUUUAACUCAAUAUUUCAUUUAAAACACCAUUUAAGUAUAUUUAAGACGUUGAUAUCAUAAAACUAGAAAACUUUUAAUCUGUUUUCACAAUAUAUAUUUUUCAGAAUGUAUUAUCAAAUAUGAAAAUGGAUCACUGAAAGUGAAUGCGCUAACCUAGUACCUGUUGAAUUAAACAUCAACAUGUUUGAUGUGUAAGAGCCAGAUGGUUUAAUUAAAAAAAAUUAUGGUAAUUUGUUUGAUGUGAUAAGUGUUGAUGUUUGGUGCACAUAAAAAUCAAACAAAAGACUACAUUAUUUUAAUGUUGACUUGUAACUUGAAUGUAGAUGCAAUGGACAUUUAAUUUAAUUUAUCAUAUAUAUUCUGCUUAUUCUGUAACACAUGCUUAUUUUUUCAGUGGAACCCUUCUUAAAUUGAAAUUCCCUGGACCAUGUGAACAAUCUGGUUAAUAGGGAAUUCUUAUAAAGAUGGGGAUUUAAAAUAUUGAUAUGCUGAAGGUUAAACAUAUUGUCAAUUGUGUAAAAGCACAUUAGAGUAAUUAUCAAUUUGUAUUGGCUAACACAAAAAUAAGAAAUUACAUUUAUCUCACUAUAUUAUCAAUAUUAAGACAUAUAAUUGUUGACAAUUGAGCAACUAUUUGAUUAGGUUGAUUUGUCUACAGGGGACAAUUCUACAUGAUUGCAGACAAUUUUGAAUCUUACUAAUCUAAUUGUUAAAAUCAAAAUGAGUCAUGCUCUGUGAGUAGACAUAGGCUUAUCAGGGACAACACUUUCCGCCUAAACUGGAUUUUUUCCUAAGAAGAGACUUUCUUUAAAGAGAAAAUAUCAGAAAAGCAAAAAGUGUCGUCACUGAUAAGCUGGGAUGAGCAUGACCCAAAUAUACAUUUAAAAUACUUUCAAGAUCCCUAUACCCAACAAUGGCAAGUAGUCAGCAUUAUAUAAGCCAGUUUUUCUUAAGUUCAUAGACUUGUCCCUGUAAAUUUUAACAAUCACAUUAUGGUAUAUGCUUAGGAAAUGCAGGAAAAUGUUGCACUGACUGUAUUUUUCCUAUCACCUUAAUACAAUUUGUAGUAUUUAAUAACUUAUCAUUGCAAUUAAUUGUCAUGAAUAAGUUUCCAACUCUUCUUAGAAAGCAUCUUAUUUAAAUAAGCUUAUAUUAUUGGUGUUUAUUUUUCAAUUAUAACAAAUGCAUGAUGUAUCUGUUUGCAUCAUAGAUGCUUAAAUAAGUGUGCUGGUUUGUUGUUAUGUGGUUGAUGUGGUGGGUAUUACUUUAUGUGAUUCAGUUCUGUGUUAUUUAUUUAAAGCUUAUGUGAUUUAAAUUAAUUUAUCAAAUUAA